AUGCUUCCUUAUUGCGGGACACCUAGUGUGCAAUGUUUCAACUAAGAGCAAAGUGGGGGAAAUAAUAAUUGUUUUUUGUUCCGGUGGAGGGAGUGAUCCCUGCUCAUCUGUUUUUACUUGUUUCCCCUUUCCCCGUCAUGUCCAAUCGAGUUCCACUAGGUAGGUAUCCCCAUUUGUACUGGACCGACUCUCUCAUGAAAAUAUAAAAAAUCUCAUUGUUACUAUAAUUAACCAUCUACAACCAGGUCUAAGCAUCCCAAACUCCUCUGAUUCGUUUUUCAUUUCAUUGGAAAAGAAGAAAAGAGAAUGGCCGGAGCAGUAGGGUGCAUGGAGGAGGAUGUAAACCAACACCAGCUUCAAGGAAAGGAGUCUAAAUCCCUUGUAAUUGAUAUUGAUCAUGGGGACCUUGCAACUCCUUUUGCUUCCAGUUUGCAGCUCCAAACAUUGAAAUUCACGCCUGUAACGCUCAAGUUUCAGGACAUAGUUUACACUGUAAAACUGGGAAAAGCAAGAGAGAAGAACAUCUUAAACGGGAUUACAGGAAUGGUUUGCCCUGGUGAAAUUUUAGCAAUGCUGGGACACUCUGGCAGUGGUAAAACCAGUCUGCUGAAUGUACUGGGAGGAAGAGUGGAUGCUAAAUUUGAAGGGGUGGUGAGAAUCAAUGGCAAGCCCUUCAUUAAAUCCAUGAAAAGAAUGAUUGGGUUUGUUUCUCAAGAUGAUGUUCUUUAUCCCUCUCUCACAGUAAGAGAGACGUUGUUAUAUGCAGCCUUGUUAAGGCUGCCAAAAACACUGUCCAAGCAUGAAAAGCAGCAGCAGGCAGAUUCCAUCAUACAGCAACUUGGGCUAAGCAAAUGCCAAAACACAGUGAUUGGAGAAGGGAUGAGUGGAGGAGAGAGGAAGAGAGUGAGCAUUGGGCAUGAGAUGCUUCUGAAUCCGAGCCUCCUCUUACUAGAUGAGCCCACUUCAGGCCUUGACUCCACAACUGCUCAUAAAACCAUCUGCAUCUUACACAAGCUCGCCAUGGCCACAAGACGUACUAUUGUUAUUACUAUUCAUCAACCCUCAAGCAGACUCUACCACAUGUUUCACAAAGUUAUUCUGCUCUCUCAGGGGAGAUCCAUAUAUUUUGGCCAACCUACCCAAGCUCUUGAUUACUUCUCAUCCAUUGGAUAUUCGCCAGCUUUUGCAGUCAAUCCUGCUGAUUUCUUGCUUGAUCUUACAAAUGGAAUUGUGAGCUGUGCAAAAGAGUGGGAGCGUGGGAGCAGCAAUCAAGUGGAGGGAGAGUUUCAAGCAUCUAUUAAGCAAUCUCUUAUUGAAGCAUAUCACACAUAUUUGUCCCCAAAAUUAAAGACUGAAAUCAAUAUUGAUCAGACAGUGGAUGCUCCCAUUACAGCAAAUGACUAUAUUGAAUGGACUUCAAGCUGGUUCCAACAAUUUCGGGUACUAGUCGAAAGGAAUAUGAAGCUGAGGAGAAGGCGCAAUUCAUUUGAUGGUCAAAAGAUUUUCCAAGUGCUCUCAGCAUCAAUAUUAGCAGGCCUUAUGUGGUGGCACUCAAGCAUCAAACAUAUUGAAGAUCAGGUUGGUUUGUUAUUCUUCAUCUCAAUAUUUUGGGGAUAUUUACCAACAAUGAAUGCAAUAUUCACCUCCUCCCAAGAACGUCUAAUGCUUGUAAGAGAGAGAUCAUCAGGAAUGUACAGAUUGUCUUCAUACUUGGUGGCAAGAACAAUAGGAGAUCUACCAAUGGAGUUAAUCCUUCCGACAUUAUUUGUGAUAAUCACCUAUUGGAUGGGAGGACUGAAGCAUGAGGGUGUGACCUUUAUACUUACAGUGCUCAUAACAUUGUAUAAUGUGGUGGUGUCACAAAGCAUGGGGGUGGCAUUAGGGACAGCAAUAACAGAUGUUAAACAAGCCUCGGCAUUUGCUUCCGUGGUAGCGAUGGUAUUCUUAUUACUAGGAGGGUACUACAUUCAAACAGUGCCACCAUUUAUUGCAUGGAUGAGAUACAUGUCAAUCCAUUAUCAUAUCUACAAGCUUCUUCUAGGUGUGCAAUACACAUAUGAUGAUCUCUACCAUUGCAACAACAUUAAUUGUAGACUUUCUGACUUACAAGCAAACACAAAGGCAACAAAUUUGUUGUUUGAUGUGAUUGCUUUAGGGAUAAUGUUAGUUGCUUAUAGGGUCAUUGCUUAUUUGAUAUUAAGAAGGCAAAAUAGAAGUCAAUUAUAUUAACAAAAUCUAACAUAACAUAAUAAUUGUAUAUAUUGUAAGAGCAUAAAUUAUAAUUGAAAUUGAUGUU